AUGGCGAAUGGAAAGUUUGGGGGCCAUUUCUGCCCAGGGUUAUACAUUUUCUUCUAUGGACUGUAUCAGGCAACAGUGGUCUCCAAGGCCAUGAUAGUUAAUGACUCUCCCAUUUAUCUUUCAUACAUUCCCAAGAAUCAAAAGAGAUGUUCCAAGUUGUGGAAAAUAUCCUUUGGAGGUUGGCUGAAGAUAGUGAUUGGCUCCCUCUUAACAUUUUACGUGGUCUUCUGUCUUGAUAAUGAGAUGGUUCUGAUUAACAAAGAGAUGCCUCCAAGGUUUAUGUACCCUCAAGAGUGGCAGCACCUCACCAUAUUCAUCCUCCUCAUCCUUGACGGCUGUGUAGAAGUCAUGAGCAAGAACGUGCUGCGGCAGAGGUGGGUGGUACUAGAAAGAGGUUCCACAGCCCUGGCCUUCUACAUGCUCCUGCUGCUGCUGGUGUCCCAUGUUCAAGUCUCAUCAAAGAUGGAGCUGCACGUUCACUCUCUCCUCAUCUUGGUGGUGUUCCUGCUGAUGCUGGUGUUGACGGCAGAGCUGUGGGCUUGUGGGUCCUUUUGUCUCCAGCUGAUCAAGAACUUUCUGUUCCUGAUGAUGGGCACGUGGCUGAUGCAGGCAGGUUUCAUUCUCUUUAGACCGGUCUCUGGCUACCCGUGGGAGGACGAUGACAUCAGUGACAUCAUGUUUGUCACCACCUUCUUCUGCUGGCAUGUCAUGAUCAAUGCCUUAUGCCUGGUGGGAGUCUAUGGUUUCUCUUCCUUGUGGCAUCAUUAUUACAGCCCCAGCUGGGGGCUGGGGGCUUCCAAGAAAGCGCUGUAUCAUGAGAGCUCUUCAGGACCAUUUUACCAGCUGCUGCAGGAUGCAGAGCAGCAGGACCAGGAUGACCAGGUUCUUCUCCCUUCAAAGGGCUCUCCCUGUGACAGGGCCUAG